UAUAGAGUAUUAUUAUUACUUAUAUUAUAUUACAUAGAUUUACAUAUGAAGAUUGAAGCUCAACCAACACUCUGGCGACUACCACUGUAUGCGAGAAAGAGUGGAUUGAUCAGGAAGAUUCAAACUAGCGAGGGAAACUCUCGAGCUCCAAGAAUCCCUCAAUUGCUCGGACAAUAUUCAAGCUCGUGGGGUUGUGUCCGGCAAAGAUUGCACUUUCCGACUGGUUUAAGAGUUCUUGUAGUGGAUGAUUACUUAACUUGGUUGAAAAUUGUAGAGCAGAUGCUAACAAGAUGCAAUUAUUCAGCAAUGAAUGGAUUGAUCCAGAUGUCCUCAUAUUCAAUUCUGGUCAGUGGUGGAUGCCAGGAAAGCUCUUUGGCACGUAAGAAUCAUUUCCAUCUUGUCCUUCCUUUCAAUUACUGCUGCAUCAUCAGUGGAAUUUUACCGUAUGGAGAACCUCUUUGAAGUCCAUUUUAGGCAAUGAGAUUCUCAUUGUUGGGGGGAAUGUAUACAGUGAUAAUUAGAUUAUCGGCAGAAUACUGGACAAGGUUUUGCUGUAUAUAGAAUGUGUGCAGAUACCUACAUUUGAUUAGCUAUUAAUAUAUUAGUAAUACUUUAUAAGCUAAUAGUAAAUAUCCAGAGUGUUUUAUUUGUAACUUCGACUUUGCCGUAAUAUCCUGGCAUUAACUUUGAGUUAUGUAUCCAUAGACCAAUGUAAUCAUCUUUACCCUUUCUUUAUCCUGGCAUUAACUUCUAGUGUUUCCUAAAUUUAGGAAAUGAUGUGGCCAAUUAGAAGUUUAUUUGUAAAAUCAUAUACAAACUGGGAUCAUUUUUUUUUAUCAAAAGUGGCUUUGAUUCAAAGUGGGAUCAUUUUCUAUUACUUUGAUUUACUUGGUGGUGAGAAAUCAUUUUCUAGUGCGGAUGUGACAAGUAUGUUUACUUUAAUUAUAGAAAAAGAUUAUGACUUAUUAACAUAUACAAACUGUUAGUUACUUGUUCACAUCCCUACUCUCGUUAAGCAUAUUAAUAAGUAAAGUUUAUAUGUUGUCUUUGUGUAAACAUGAAAGAAAUUUACUUGCAUAACUUUCAGAAUUCUCUCCUACUUGAACUAACAAUAUAAUUGCUUAAAACUUGUGAUCAUGAAUGGGAAGAGAGAUUCUCUAAAACCACUCUGUAAUAAUUAUAUUCAGGUGUUAUGGUUAAUUUUUACUGUGAGUGUAUAAGACUAUUUUGUGUUACUGAUAUAUGGCCUCUUGUAUUACUGGACUAUUUUUUCCAUUCCUUUUUGUUUUGUUGGCUUCUCAGCACCUUAAAUUACCAUACAAGUUCCAGCAGCUCUUUACUUAAGUUGAUAAUAUAUUUCUUGCUUUGAAGCACAAUGGUAAGAUAAGAUAUACAGUUUCAAUAAUUGGCACAAAAUACAAGAAUUCAGCAACCUAAAUUUAAGUUUACAAUCAAGAAUAUAAUUUUGUGAAAAGCUCUGAGUCAGUAGGACAUUUUGAUGUUUCCGGGACUUUGCACAUCGAACAACACUGAGAAAGACAUCCUCAUUGCAGGGUAUCCAGAGCUUGAUGUAGCUGUGAAAUCAUACUCCUUUCGAGCUUGAUCAAGCAGUGCCAUAAAGAGCGGGUUCUCAAGUAAACUGAUCCUGAUGACAAAUCUCUUGUACUCUUUACCAACAUAAACAACCAAGUGACCCUUCGGGACAUCUCUGGGAAUGCAGUCUUCUUCUUGAUGCCUGAAGCGCCACAUUCAGAUUUUGGAUGGCAAAGAAAAAUACUAUGCAGAUCUUGCGCUAUGCAAAAAGCACAACCACAACAUCGGCUAAUGAAUUGGAGGAUGGCAAAGAAAAAUGGUGAAUUGGGGAAUGGCAAAGAAAAAUGCUAACAUGUAUAGACUAAGUCUUUUGUUUAAGUUAUGCCUUUGACUUUAAUGACUUAUUUAUGCAGGUGACUUAGAUUUAGAAUAUUUUGUAAUUGUAACUGUCAUGGUACCGGUUUUGGAUUGUUGGCUACUUGAUGCUUGGAUUAUAAAUUGAUAAUUGAAAUUUAUGGCUA